AUGGUAAGAGAAAGUUUUGUAGUUUUGAAACACAUAAUCGGAUCAUUAGCAUCUCGCUCACGUCUACGCCGUCGGAACUCGAAUGUGUUUGCGAUAUUUGACGACAAACAAAUUAUUGAAUUCCAAGAAGCCUUCUCAGUGAUCGAUGUUGAUUCUGAUGGGUAUAUCGAUAAAGAAGACUUGAGAGACAUGUUGCAUAGUUUGGGUGAACACCCGACGGACCAGUACUUGGAUGACAUGAUUAAUGAGGCCCCCGGGAACAUUAACUUUGCCACUUUUCUAACUCUCAUGGCUGGGAAGCUAUGCGCAACUGAUACAGAAGAGGAGCUAAUCAAGGCUUUUGAAAUGAUUGAUGAGGAAAGGAAGGGAGUAAUACCCGUCGAUAGAUUCAGAUACCUGAUGACUAGAAUGGGAGAUCGGUUUACGGAUAAAGAGUUCGAUGCGAUGACAGCGGGAGUAAUUGACUCGAGAAAUAAUUUUAAUUAUCGUGAUUUUGUGAGAGCGCUGAGGCAUGGGAAUCUUGAUAAGUAA